ACACACACACAAGUCAUUACUGACUUGGAUAAUGUGUAGUUGUGACCUGAAGUCGAGUUAGUCAAGCAUAACUAGUCAUUACCCAAGUGUAAGUCUGUAUAAUAUCAUAACACAGUACAACGUAUUGGUUCAUUACACAGUUCACCUGACACGUCUGUUCUCCUCCUCUGCCUACACCCAUUUCUUCAAUCCAGCUUUUUUUGUUUCAUUUCAGUUUUUUUUCUUUUCGUUUUUUACUUGUUUCCCUUGAAAUAACUUGCGGCUUCAUUACCAUAUAUGAGACAACAACAACAACAAGUUUCUGGGCGGAUAAGUAGAUCAAGACAAGGAAAUAAUUCUGUCACAACCACACUAAUAUCGACGAUGACCGUACCUUGUUUUAAAAUAUUUACUUUUGUUAAACAGUAGCAGAUAAAUCUAGGACAAACACACAUUCCAGAAAAAAAAAAAAAAAAAAAAAAACAGACUUUUAAAAUUUAUAUACAUUCGCAGUCAAAUCUUUGUUAACUUUAAAGCACAAACAUGGACAGUAAGCUUGACUUCAUCGUCAUUAAGAAUGGAUCGGAUAGCUGCAAAGCUGGAUUUCGAGAUGACACUACACCAAAGACAGUGAUUCCUUCAGUUGUUGCUUAUUCCCAAAAUGAGGUGGAAAGUGGAUACAAAGGCGGCUAUGUUGGAAAUGACGUUAAAAGCAAGAGAGGAGACUUUACCUUAAAAUACCCUAUUGAACGUGGUAUCAUAACCAACUGGGAUGAUAUGGAAAAGAUUUGGCAUCAUAUAUUCAAGAACGAGUUGAAAGUUUCACCCGAAGAGCACCCUGUCUUUAUGACCGAGACUGUAAAUAACCCUAAGGCCAACAGAGAAAAGAUGACGAAAAUUAUGUUUGAAAAAUUUAACAUCCCUGGCAUGUAUUUAGGUAUACAGUCUGUAUUGUCCCUUUAUGCUUCUGGUCGUACGACAGGCAUUGUUAUUGAGUGUGGGCAUGGCACCACCCAUAUUGUCCCCAUAUAUGAUGGGUACACCCUGGCUCAGGCAGUCACACGUCUUGAUUUUGCUGGUAAAGACUUGACAGAUUACCUGAGAAAGAUCUUGGUUGAUAGUGGCUUAACUUUUGCAUCAACUGCUGAGAGAGAAACCAUUCGAAAUAUCAAAGAAGGUUUAUGCUAUGUUGCCCUAGACUACGAACAGGAAAUGAAAACUGCAAACUCCUCUUCAUCUCUGGAAAAGAGUUAUACGUUGCCCGAUGGACAAGUCAUCUCUAUGAAUCGAGAAAGGUUCCAAGCAUCAGAAGCUUUGUUUAAGCCAUCUUUAAUUAAUAUCGAAUCUACUGGUAUUCAUCAAGCAACUUACAAUUCAAUCAUGAGGUGUGAUAUCGAUGUUAGGAAAGAUAUGUAUGCCAACGCUGUAUUGUCCGGUGGUUCCACAAUGUACCCAGGUAUUGCUGAUCGCAUACAGAAGGAAAUCAGUGACCUUGCACCACCCACCAUGAAAAUUAAGGUCAUUGCUCAACAAGAUCGUGAAAACUUUGCAUGGAUUGGCGGUACUCUGUUGCCUUCUCUGUCCACUUUUGAAAAACAGUGGAUUACCAAGCAGGAAUACGACGAAGCUGGCCCACAAAUCAUCCACAAAAAAUGCUGUCAACCGAUAAUCGAUAACGAAUAGGUAUUGUUAAAAGUACCGUAACUUUAAGAAAAAUACUAAGUUUUCUUUAUACUUUCUUUUGGCGUGUUUUUUAAAUACAUUUCUUAAGCAACUGAAUUGUAAUAUCUGAAGAG